AAUCAGGUUUCCUAGUGUCGCACCCGCAAACCUCAUAGCCAAUCUGCUUUCAAACACACGGCGGGAAAAUCAAGUUUAACGGCGCUGUAAAUUUGACGGCAUGAUGUCGUCUACCAAAAAGCGAUCCCGCUGGGGAUGUGAUAACGCGGGGUCGAGCCUCGUCAGUCUGCCAACAGCCAUCACAGUAGCCAUGACGAGCGAACAGAUUGAAGCAUAUAUCCUUCACGUGCGUAUUGAAGAAAUUACCCAGAAGUUACUGAACGACGACAUUAUCCCGGCUAAUCAAGAUCGCAGAUCCCUUUCUCCUGACUCACGGUACGACGCCGUCGGCAGACGAAUCAACACGCGUCACCAGCGCCAUCGCCAGCGCCUCGAGGAUGAGCGCCACUCACUUAUCUGCACCGCUAUUAGCAUCAUCUCUGUCAAGGAGUUUCCAGAGAUAACUUCAUCGGUCAGCUCCUCGGUCCUCGCGGACGCAGCCUAGCUGAAAUGAACAUGCAGUCAGGUGCUAAUAUCGUCAUCCGUAGGAAGGGGUCGGUGACGGAAGGGAGAGGAAGAGGAAGGGCAAAGGCCAGUGGUCGGCGCGAAAUCAACGAUAGAAAUUUGCUGCAGCUACGAGACCUCGCUGUUGUAAACGGGACCUUACGAGACGACUAGAGUCGUGGUGAG